AGGGGGGGCAUCCGUGCCCUCGCAGUGGUCUGUGAAAGCCAUUGCCCCGGGUCUCUCUGCUGUCUUUUCGCUCCCUCCAAUGGUUGCCCCAGAGUGAUCCGUGUGGCAGCGCCCUGGCUGCACACGAGCAACCUGGAGCACCAGUGCCGUGCUUCCUUCUCCACCCCGAUGCGCGGGCGCGCCGUCGCCCUCCUCGCGGGCGCCGCGGCGCCCGGCCUCGUGGGCGGCUACCGCUCCGCCGCCGCCGCGGGCGGCGCCCUGGACGGGGCCGGCGAGGCGGCCGCGGGAGGCCGCGCGGCGUGCUCGGGGCACACCGAGACCACCCGGCCGGUGCACGUGCUCUACACGCGGACGGGCCUGUCCUGCGCCAACGCGGUCUCCUCGCUGGCGCCAUCGACAUGGUCGCCCUUCCAGGCGAGCGUCAGCAUGGACGACCCGCUGCUCACCACCGCAGGCGCCAACGAGUCCCUCCGCCUCGCGCCGGAGGUGGAGCGCGGGCUGCGGGAGCUGAACCUCACGCUGGACGCGGUGCUCGCCUCGUCGCUGGGCAGGGCGGUGCAGACCGCCCUGCUGCAGUUCGGGGGCCGCGAGGUCUGGUCGGUGCCUUUCGCCGUCGGCAAGUCCGCGUACGGCGCUGGCGGCCCGCACUUCGGGGAGCGGGUUGCGCAGAUCGAGGCGGAGCUCCAGGGGGGAGGCUUCGGCGUCCACACCAGGGCGAACGAGCAGUGGCUGAAGGUGUUCGGCAUACAUCAGGGCGGUCCUGCGGACUUCGAGCGGUUCCUCGAGAAGAGUUUCUUGCCGUCUCUCGAGCAGACAGUGGGGGCCGACAAGCCCCCAGGCGACCCCCUGGUGCUGGCCGUCGUCACGCAUGGCAACUUCCUGAAGAAGGUGCAGGGGUGCAAGGCGUUGUACUCCUCUGGCAGCAAGGGGUCGAAGGUCUCGCGCCUCAACCAAGUGGUGCGCAAGGUCUACAGGCUCACGACUUCCACGCCGGCGCCGGAUUGCGUAGACGCUACGCCGAAGUACCAACUGGACCCGAAUCCGCACGUCUGCUACCCCUUUCCCGCCGCAGCGUCGCGAUUCUACGAGGAGGAUGGCAGCAUGGUGGAGCACUGCCGCCGUGACCUGGGUCAGACGUGCCUCGGCAUUGUGCAGUCCGAGGGGCUCGCCCUGAACCUGGUAGAGGACCAGAUGGAGCACGUGCACAAGGCCAUGGUGGCCAAGAACGAGCUGAUCAUCCAGCAGAAUCUGGCCGUGGCUGAGCAGCAGAAGAAGUACGACGAGUGGGAUCACGCGAAGGACGGCGGCGCAUGGUGGAACCCAGCAGGCGCCACGAAGGAGACGGUCCUCCAGUCCCUGCGGAGGAAGCAGGAACGCCUCGCGAGGAGCAAGGAGCAGCUGGGGGCGCUCGGCGACCGGCUCGCCGCCCACCAGGCGAGGGCGUGCCUCGACGGUGGGCCGCCGCAGCCGGCGUACGACUUGAUCCGUGUGGCAGCGCCCUGGCUGCACACGAGCAACCUGGAGCACCAGUGCCGUGCUUCCUUCUCCACCCCGAUGCGCGGGCGCGCCGUCGCCCUCCUCGCGGGCGCCGCGGCGCCCGGCCUCGUGGGCGGCUACCGCUCCGCCGCCGCCGCGGGCGGCGCCCUGGACGGGGCCGGCGAGGCGGCCGCGGGAGGCCGCGCGGCGUGCUCGGGGCACACCGAGACCACCCGGCCGGUGCACGUGCUCUACACGCGGACGGGCCUGUCCUGCGCCAACGCGGUCUCCUCGCUGGCGCCAUCGACAUGGUCGCCCUUCCAGGCGAGCGUCAGCAUGGACGACCCGCUGCUCACCACCGCAGGCGCCAACGAGUCCCUCCGCCUCGCGCCGGAGGUGGAGCGCGGGCUGCGGGAGCUGAACCUCACGCUGGACGCGGUGCUCGCCUCGUCGCUGGGCAGGGCGGUGCAGACCGCCCUGCUGCAGUUCGGGGGCCGCGAGGUCUGGUCGGUGCCUUUCGCCGUCGGCAAGUCCGCGUACGGCGCUGGCGGCCCGCACUUCGGGGAGCGGGUUGCGCAGAUCGAGGCGGAGCUCCAGGGGGGAGGCUUCGGCGUCCACACCAGGGCGAACGAGCAGUGGCUGAAGGUGUUCGGCAUACAUCAGGGCGGUCCUGCGGACUUCGAGCGGUUCCUCGAGAAGAGUUUCUUGCCGUCUCUCGAGCAGACAGUGGGGGCCGACAAGCCCCCAGGCGACCCCCUGGUGCUGGCCGUCGUCACGCAUGGCAACUUCCUGAAGAAGGUGCAGGGGUGCAAGGCGUUGUACUCCUCUGGCAGCAAGGGGUCGAAGGUCUCGCGCCUCAACCAAGUGGUGCGCAAGGUCUACAGGCUCACGACUUCCACGCCGGCGCCGGAUUGCGUAGACGCUACGCCGAAGUACCAACUGGACCCGAAUCCGCACGUCUGCUACCCCUUUCCCGCCGCAGCGUCGCGAUUCUACGAGGAGGAUGGCAGCAUGGUGGAGCACUGCCGCCGUGACCUGGGUCAGACGUGCCUCGGCAUUGUGCAGUCCGAGGGGCUCGCCCUGAACCUGGUAGAGGACCAGAUGGAGCACGUGCACAAGGCCAUGGUGGCCAAGAACGAGCUGAUCAUCCAGCAGAAUCUGGCCGUGGCUGAGCAGCAGAAGAAGUACGACGAGUGGGAUCACGCGAAGGACGGCGGCGCAUGGUGGAACCCAGCAGGCGCCACGAAGGAGACGGUCCUCCAGUCCCUGCGGAGGAAGCAGGAACGCCUCGCGAGGAGCAAGGAGCAGCUGGGGGCGCUCGGCGACCGGCUCGCCGCCCACCAGGCGAGGGCGUGCCUCGACGGUGGGCCGCCGCAGCCGGCGUACGACUGAGGUCCUCGCGCGCUCUCGUGCUCUCCUCUCAGAGCGUCCCCCACCCCCCCCUCGCUCGCUCUCCCCUC